UCCGCCUCCCUCUCUCCCGCCGUGCCGCCCGCCUGCCCGCCCUCCCUCCCCAGCACUGCAGCAUUCCCCACUGCAGCUCCAGCCGCACCCGCGUCUCUCCGGCCUCCGCAGCCCACGCCGCCGCCAGCACCAUGGCCAGCACCGUGUCCGCCUACAAGGAGAAGAUGAAAGAGCUGUCCGUGCUGUCGCUCAUCUGCUCCUGCUUCUACUCGCAGCCCCACCCCAACACCAUCUACCAGUACGGGGACAUGGAGGUGAAACAGCUGGACAAGCGGGCCUCUGGCCAGAGCUUUGAGGUCAUCCUCAAGUCCCCUUCUGACCUGUCUCCGGAGAGCCCCAUGCUCUCCUCACCCCCCAAACGGAAGGACACCUCCCUGGAAGAGCUGCAGAAGCGACUGGAGGCAGCCGAGGAGCGGAGGAAGACGCAGGAGGCGCAGGUGCUGAAGCAGCUGGCGGAGCGGCGCGAGCACGAGCGCGAGGUGCUGCACAAGGCGCUGGAGGGGAACAGUAACUUCAGCCGCCUGGCGGAGCAGCGGCUCAACUACAAGAUGGAGCUCAGCAAGGAGAUCCGCGAGGCGCACCUGGCGGCGCUGCGCGAGCGGCUGCGCGAGAAGGAGCUGCACGCGGCCGAGGUGCGCAGGAACAAGGAGCAGCGGGAGAUGUCCGGCUGAGGGCUGCGCGGCGCGGCCCCCGCGACAGACGAGAGCACGUGCGGUUCGGUUGGGUUUAGCCCCACCCUGCGUAGAUGAGCCUCUGUCCCUGCCCUUCCCCUGCCCCUCACUCCCGGCUUCACGCUCUGCCCGCACUCAGCUGUCCAGUCCCUGUGGCUGGUCGCUGACCAGGGUCUCCCUAGGAGCCCGAGACACGGUCCCUCAGUUCAGAAACCAGGCCAGGUGGCAGCCGGGUCCCCUCCCGGCCACCCUCCCGGCAGAUGUGGCAUCGACCUUAAUAAACGCAGUGGUGGACUCACGGUCCUUCUGCUGGCUGUGUGGCCUGCACUUG